AUGGGUAGAGUAAGAGGAAAAGGGAAGAAACAAUCUGUUGCCGCUCGGGACGAUGCUGGGAGUGGAGAGGAUGAGAAGAUACCGAUAAGGAGAAGAGGAAGGCCACAGAAACCAUUGAAGGAUGAGACUGAGGAAGAAGAAAAAGGUGAGAAGAUAGAAGAAGAAAAAGAUGAAGAUGGUGAGGAGACAUUGAGUUCUGUAUUGAGUAAAAGUUCAAAAGCUCAAGCUGCCAAAGAGAAUGGCAGGAAGAGAAAGAGGCCUUCACAAAUCAAGGAAGAUACUGAUUCAGUGAAAGAGGAAAAUGGUGUGGGGACGAAUACUAAUACUACGGGCUUGGUAAAGUCUGUUGGGUUCAGGCAAAAUGGAAGCAGGAGGAAAAAUAAGCCUAGACGUGCUGCUGAAGUUGGCGUUGAGUGCAAAUGA